AGAAGAAGAAGAAGAAGAAGAAGAAGAAGGAGCAGGCGGCUGUCACCACCGGGGCAAAAACAGUUCACCUCCAGCCUCCCGGACAGCAUGAAACACACUCUGCUGACUGAAAGCAAGCGUUCAAUUACAUAUAAUUAAAUUAUUAAAAAAACCAUACAUUCUUUACGGCUAAAACAGACGCGCCUCGUCUCAGGUCGUCUUCCUCUUUUAUUGGAGUGAGCUAGCUUAGCCUGUUAGCUUAGCAAUUAGCAGGGCACCCACUCACCCGUGUGUUCGGGACUUAACACCUCCAUGAGCGGACAUAUCCACCCGGAGCUGCACCGAAACUGACCUGGACUUUAUUUAACAACUGCAGCUGCACACGUUGGGUCCAAACUUGGCUUAUGCACGUACCAUUUUUAAUAAAACGGCAACAACAAGAAUCCUGCAAAACAAGGAAGUCUGAAUGAACUUCCCCGCUCGCUAGCACCUAGCUAUCCCUUCAGCUGCAUCGCUUCAUUGUGCUGCUGGCUCCUGCAGCGGAAGGAGGCUUCUUCCAGCCUACUCUCCCGUCCUGCAGUGCUGAUAUUGAUUAUAUUUCCAUCGCUAUCUAACGAAGCUGGUCGUCUUUCAGGUCACAUUAACACCUUGGCAAAGAGUCAAACACACGUUUCAGAGAUGAUUCCCGACAAAGUGCCCAAAGAAGACGUCUUCCACGGGUCUGAGGACCUGAAGAAGGAGGCUCACAUCCCCAGCUUUGACAGAUAUAAAGAGCUCUACUUGAAAUCCAUAGAACAUCCUGAUGAGUUCUGGGGCGACAUCGCCAAAGAUUUCUUUUGGAAGACCAAACACUCGGGUCAGUUCCUCGACUACAACUUCGAUGUGACCAAAGGAGAAAUAUUCGUUAAGUUUAUGGAAGGAGCUUCCACUAACAUCUGCUACAACCUCCUCGACCGCAACGUCCACGAGAGGAAGCUCGGUGAUAAAGUGGCCUUCUACUGGGAAGGCAAUGAGCCUGGUGAUGAGCUGACGGUGACCUACAGAGAGCUGCUGCAGAGGGUCUGCCAGUUUGCCAAUGUCCUGAAGUCUCAGGGAGUGAAGAAGGGCGAUAGAGUGUCUAUCUACAUGCCGAUGGUGGUGGAGCUGGUGGUAGCUAUGUUGGCCUGCGUCCGCAUCGGAGCUGUCCACUCCAUCGUGUUUGCAGGUUUUUCUGCUGAGUCUCUGUGUGAGAGGAUCAUGGACUCUCAGUGUUCGUUGCUCAUCACAGCAGAUGGUUUCUAUCGAGGAGAUAAGCUGAUCAACCUGAAGCUCUUAGCUGACGAAGCACUGCAGAAAUGCAGAGACAAAGGUGUCUCCAUACAGAGGUGUAUAAUGCUGAAACAUCUGUCCAAAGAAGCAGAAGAGUCUCCUCUGGGCUCUCAGUCUCCUCCCGCCAAACGAUCCUGCCCUGAUCUACAGCAGGAGAAACAGACAGGGAGAGUAAAGAAAACACAUCCUGUACCGCAGGUCCCGUGGAACCCCAAGGUGGACUUGUGUUGGCACAGUCUGGUCCGUGGAGCUUCAGACGAGUGUGAACCAGAGUGGUGCGAUUCUGAGGAUCCUCUCUUCAUCCUCUACACUAGCGGCUCGACUGGUAAACCAAAGGGAGUUCUCCACACAGUCAGUGGCUACAUGCUCUACACUGCCACCACCUUCAAACUGGUGUUUGACUACCAGCCCGAUGACAUUUACUGGUGCACCGCUGACAUUGGUUGGAUCACCGGACACUCCUACAUCACCUAUGGCCCGCUGGCUAACGGGGCCACCAGCGUCCUGUUUGAGGGGCUGCCUACUUACCCAGAUGUCAGCCGUAUGUGGGAGAUUGUGGACAAAUAUCAUGUGACCAAGUUCUACACAGCGCCGACCGCCAUCAGACUGCUGAUGAAGUACGGCAGAGAGCCGGUGCAGAAGUAUAAGCGAGAGUCUCUGAAGGUUUUGGGGACGGUGGGAGAGCCAAUCAACCCUGAGGCCUGGCAGUGGUACUACAAUGUGGUGGGAGAGAAGAGAUGUCCUAUUGUUGACACCUUCUGGCAGACAGAAACUGGUGGACAUGUGCUGACUCCUCUACCUGCAGCAACACCCAUGAAACCUGGAUCUGCUACAUUCCCGUUCUUCGGAGUAGUGCCGGCCAUCUUGAAUGAGUCAGGAGAGGAGCUGGAGGGACCGAGUGAAGGAUACCUGGUAUUCAAGCAGCCGUGGCCCGGAGUGAUGAGGACGGUGUACGGAAACCAGCAGAGGUUUGAAACCGUCUACUUCAAGAAGUUCCCUGGAUACUACGUCACAGGAGACGGUUGCCGUAGAGACAAGGAUGGCUACUACUGGAUAACGGGGAGGAUAGACGACAUGCUGAAUGUCUCUGGUCACUUGUUGAGUACAGCGGAGGUGGAGUCGGCUCUGGGGGAGCACGAGUCCGUUGCAGAGGCUGCUGUUGUGGGCAGACCUCACCCUGUCAAAGGAGAGAGCCUCUACUGCUUCGUAACUCUCACUGAUGGAGUAACGUACAACCGCACGCUGGAGGCAGAGCUAAAAAAACAAGUGCGGGAGAAGAUCGGUGCCAUCGCAACACCAGACUACAUCCAGAAUGCUCCAGGACUCCCCAAGACCAGAUCUGGUAAGAUCAUGCGACGGUUGCUCCGCAAAAUCGCCUGUGACGAACGAGACCUGGGCGACAUCUCCACGCUGGCCGACUCCUCCGUGGUCGAGCAGCUCUUCCAGAACAGAUGCUGCACCGGCGUGUGACGGCCUCCAGGAUCCACGCAGGGAGGCUUCGACUUCAGCCGCAAAACCAGCGGCCACAAAUGCAACCAUGGGAGAAGAAGAAGAAGAAGAGGAGGAGGAGGAGGAGGCGGAGAAAUCCCCAGGACUUGGUCUUGUCCAACAAACAACCUUUAGCUCCUGAUGAGUUUGGCCAUUAUGCAGCAGAGCCUGUGUUUAAAAUGACCCCACUGUCCUUUAAUGUCAGAACAAUCAGCAGCAGGGAGAGACACAACAUCUGUCUGGUUACUGGUAGAUGUCACCCACUUCUGUAGACGUAGUUAUCAUUUUAGCAACAGCAAACGAAGGCAUCGGUGUGUCGGACAGCGAGAAGCCAGAGGUUGUUUUCUGUGAAAGACCGUCCUGCAGUCCAACUCUGUUGAAGACGUAGAACAGGGUAACACUUCCUUUGGUUUUAUCCUAGUGUUUCAGCCAAUAAUACACAGCAAUAUCUGCUACUCGACAGCUCAGUAAAAGUGUAAAUUCAAUAUUUUUACAUUAGUUUUCUGGUGGUUAAAGCGUCUUCACACUGGAAUGAGGCUAAUGUGAAGUGCUACCUGUGACUGCCCUGUUUAAUUCAACAAGCUGUCUUCUCCCCUCUCUCGCUGCCAUAGUACUGUUAUGUACACUGAUGAUUACGCUCAAUAUUUCUACUACCUUUAAUUUCUAAUGUAAUUUUCUAAAAUACACUUUGAUUUGUGUCUUUUUUUUAUUUUUUAAUCCACCUGAUUUUUGAUAUAGGAUUUCUUUAUGUGUGCUUGUAUGUUCCUUCUCUUCUUUGUGUUUAAGUUUCAAGGUGCUCUAUAAGAUUGCUCUUCUUUAAGUCUGGUGGAAACUGGGAAGGUAAUGCUCAGCGUCGCGUAGCUCAGGACAUGUCACACGAUCGAUUCCUCUCACAAAAGCCCCGAAACCAGCUGCAGCUCUAAUGUUAAAAAUCAGGAAGUGUUUCCAAAUAUCUCCAAAACAAAACUUUUUUUAAACCAAAUCUUCUCAUAAUUAAAGGGACAAUUUAAAGGGAUUUAUCUGUCCUCUUGCAAGUCUAGAGUGUUUUGGUUUGAGUUGCCUAGUUUUGGCUGCGUGUAAAAUGGAACAAGAUGGCCAUCGUCUUGUGGAACUCCACCCUUCAACCUUGUCACUGCACAGGAGGAAUCUACUGUCUACUCGUGGACAGGAGGCUCGUGCUUGGUGAGCUAGCAGUAUUGGUUAUCCACUCAUAGCCGACGCACGCUUCCCCCAUGUGUCUAGACUCCAUGUUUCAUUGUUAAAUCAGACUUUUCAAAGUUGUCUUUGAUUAAAAUAAGGUACCAAAGGUAAUCCCUAGUAUGAUUUUAAUUUUGUAAAAUUAUCUCCUAGAGUCUAGAUCAUGAUACGGUACCAUCAUAAAAAAAAAAAACAGAGCUAAGGCUUAGUUAAGAUUGAGACAUCAUUGGUGUCUUUAUUCGCGGCUUUAUUGCAUUUUCCUGUCUGAAAGAGAACACCCGAGUAUUUAAGCUAAGAAGCUCAGAAAAGUUGAUCUUGAAGGAUGAGGCUGGUGGUAUUCUAUGUUUUUAUUAUUGUCUUUCAACAUGUUCCAUGAAAAGACCAAAACCAACAAUGGGUUCGUCCUUGUCUAAAUAUUUUCUCACUUCCUGUCUGCGGCUAUCAGCUUCAAGCCCUUGUUGUUUGUUUGGAUCUUUUUAUGGGAUUCAUUGACAAUAAGAAAAAUAUAUAUAAUACCACUUGGCUUCCCCCGUCGUUAUUUUUUUUUUUUAGUAAUUUUUUAAGAUAUUGAGGGAGAAAAGUUUGAUUUUACAAGCAAAAGCCUACAUCUUUGACUUCAUUCCUCCUUUAUUAAGAGACUGAAGUCAAGGUUAAAGAAACAAUCAUGUCAUAAAAUGUGUCAAAAUCAACUUAACAUCUGAAGUCUGAGCUCAUUUGGGCCUUUAAAGGUUUCUCCUCAUAGUUUCUGCUGUAGAGGAUAGCUGUGAUUUGUGAGAAUAAUUUAAUUUGAGCGCGAUGAACCAGAAGCAGGAUCUCAUACCGAUCUCAUCAGUUUUUCAUCAUCUUUUUGCAUUUGUUGCUGUUUGUGUUUCAAUGUGCCAACAUAAGUAACAGUGGGGCUGGGUGUAUAAAGCUAAUAAUUGUAUCUAAUGUUCAAGAAAAAAAAAGUACAGAUGCUUAUUUGAUUUAGAAGAUUUUUAUUUUUGCUUGUACAAUAACUGGUGAAAGAAAGAGAAUUUUGCUGUUUGUAUUUUUUUUUUUCUCUGUUCAUUCUCAGUUUUAUCAUUUCUCUGUAUCAAAGUGUAUGCGAUGACAGUAAAUGGACAUGACUACUGCCCCUCA